AUUUGCUUCUAUUGGCCAAUACCGUUGGGAUCCAUCUAUCUGCGAAAAAGAACGAGCAUACCGACGAACUUAGAUGAUAUCGUACAUACAUUGUUAUAAUUACGUCAACGUAGAAACUUAAAUACUCCAUUUAACAUCAUCAUGAAUGCAAUAAACAUGAAUUGGUUAAGCUCAGCAGAGGGUGAAUCAUUGAUGCAUCAUUUUUAUGUAAAUUCAUCUAAGAAGAGAAGAUUUUAUGGUAUCUUGGAAAAGCCAUCAUUGCCAUCUUCCAUCGAGGAAGUUACUUAUAAAAUUUUUAUGAUUGGUAGAUCUGGCGUAGGAAAAACUUCUGUCAUAACACGUUUAGCUGGUUUUUCAGAACCCAACAACUAUAUUGAAACGAAUGGCAUAAAAAAGACAAAUGUAUUUUGGCCAGUGAAGAUAUGGGAUAAGGUCAUAUUGUUUAAAUUACAAUUUUGGGAUACAUCGGAAAGCAGUAUUAAAAAAUAUAAUCAUAUUUUACCAACAUGUAAAGAUAAAGUAGAUGCAAUCUGUUCUGUAUUUUCCUUCGAUGAUGUAACCAGUUUUAAUGACAUACCUUAUCUGAUAAACACAAUGAGUACAAUCAAAGAAAAACCUGCAAAUAUAGUAAUCGGCACAAAAUUUAAGCCAUGGUCAAAUUCAAUGGUAGAAGAAACUCAAGUUAAAGAAUUCGAAGAUAAGUGGAAAGUGAAGAUUAUUAAAAUUGAUUCUAAUAAAUUAACCAACAGAUCCGAGCUUUUUGACUGUUCUUACCAAUUAAAUACUAUUUGCAAUAUUUUGUGGAAUAGAGACAAAGAAUUCAUAUCGAAACAAAUUGUUCAAAGUUAAAAACUAUUGAUUUAUAAUUAUUUCAAAUACGUCGUUAUAGAUGUACACAUAUUUCAUUAUUUUAAUUAUUACUUGAUUUAAUAUCAAAUAUAUUGAAAUAAUAAUUU